CCCUAGACGCCCUCGCUGCACCCAGCUUUGCAACCCGCCACUCCUACCCCUCAUCCGCGCGCGCGCGCCCGCGCGGCCUUGUGGGUAAGCGGUGCCGCCAGGUGACAGCUAAUGGCGGCGACCGCCUAAGCCGGCCGGCCGCAGAUCGGUCCGCAGGAGGUACGCGGCGGGACCUUCCGGGCGCCAAUCUGUUCCCGACUGCGGCUUCCCCGCGGUGGCACCGGUCUCGCCGCACCAUGGACCGCCCAGCAGCAACAGCAGCAGCGGGCAGCGAGGGCGCUGGGGGACCGGGCCCAGGCCCGGGCCCGGGGCCGGCAGGGGGCUGGAGACCUCCUCGGGUCCCGGGGGUCCCGGCCGCCGGCUCUCGGCAGCCCAGCGUGGAGACUCUGGACAGUCCCACAGGAUCACAUGUUGAAUGGUGUAAACAGCUUAUAGCUGCUACAAUUUCUAGCCAGAUAUCAGGAUCAGUGACAUCAGAAAAUGUAUCCAGAGAUUACAAGAAUAUUCAUAAAGCAAGACAAAGAUUGGAGAUUCAGGAAGAACACAAUGGCUACCCUUCUGAAGCUGAAGCUGAUCAGGCUCUAAGGGAUGGAAAUAAGCUGGUACAGAUAGAAGAAGCACCUCUUUUUCCAGGAGAAUCAAUCAAAGCUAUUGUGAAAGAUGUCAUGUAUAUCUGCCCAUUUAUGGGAGCUGUGAGUGGAACGCUGACAGUGACAGACUUUAAGAUGUACUUCAAAAAUGUGGAGAGGGACCCUCAUUUCAUCCUUGAUGUUCCCCUGGGAGUGAUCAGCAGAGUUGAGAAGAUUGGAGCACAGAGCCAUGGGGACAAUUCUUGUGGUAUAGAAAUAGUGUGCAAGGAUAUGAGAAACUUACGACUUGCUUAUAAACAAGAAGAACAGAGUAAACCAGGAAUAUUUGAAAACCUCAACAAACAUGCAUUUCCUCUUUCCAAUGGGCAGACAGUCUUUGCAUUCAACUAUAAAGAAAAAUUUCCAAUUAAUGGAUGGAAAGUUUAUGAUCCAGUAGCUGAAUAUAAGAGACAGGGCUUACCAAAUGAGAGCUGGAAAAUAUCCAGAAUAAAUAGUAAUUAUGAGCUCUGUGAUACUUACCCUGCCAUCAUUGUUGUGCCAACUAGUGUGAAAGAUGAUGACCUUUCAAAAGUGGCAGCCUUUCGAGCAAAAGGCAGAGUCCCUGUAUUGUCAUGGAUUCAUCCAGAAAGUCAGGCAACAAUCACUCGAUGUAGCCAGCCACUUGUGGGGCCCAGUGAUAAACGCUGCAAAGAAGAUGAAAAAUACCUGCAGACUAUAAUGGAUGCUAAUGCACAGUCUCACAAACUUACCAUCUUCGAUGCCCGACAAAACAGUGUUGCUGAUACCAACAAGGCAAAGGGUGGAGGAUAUGAAAGUGAAAGUGCUUACCCGAAUGCGGAACUUGUGUUCUUAGAGAUCCAUAACAUUCAUGUGAUGAGAGAGUCACUACGUAAAUUAAAAGAGAUCGUGUACCCUUCAAUUGAUGAGACACGGUGGCUAUCCAACGUGGAUGGAACACAUUGGCUGGAGUAUAUAAGGAUGCUUCUUGCUGGGGCAGUGCGAAUUGCUGAUAAAAUAGAAUCUGGGAAAACCUCAGUGGUGGUCCAUUGCAGUGAUGGUUGGGAUCGAACAGCACAGCUGACAUCUCUGGCUAUGCUGAUGCUGGACAGUUAUUACCGCACCAUUAAAGGAUUCGAGAUUCUCAUAGAAAAGGAGUGGAUAAGUUUUGGACAUAGGUUUGCACUGAGAGUGGGCCAUGGCAAUGACAACCAUGCAGAUGCUGACCGGUCACCAAUAUUUCUUCAGUUUAUUGAUUGUGUUUGGCAAAUGACAAGACAGUUUCCUUCAGCGUUUGAAUUUAAUGAACUAUUCUUGAUUACAAUAUUGGAUCACCUUUAUAGCUGUCUCUUUGGGACUUUCUUGAGCAACUGUGAACAGCAGCUAUUCAAAGAGGAUGUACCCACAAAGACUAUAUCCUUAUGGUCUUAUAUCAAUAGCCAGCUUGAUGAAUUUUCUAAUCCCUUCUUUGUGAAUUAUGAAAACCACGUCUUAUAUCCUGUUGCUAGUCUGAGUCAUUUGGAAUUAUGGGUAAACUAUUAUGUGCGAUGGAAUCCACGAAUGAGGCCUCAGAUGCCGAUUCACCAAAAUCUCAAGGAGCUGCUGGCCAUCAGGGCGGAGCUACAGAAGAGGGUGGAGGACCUGCAGCGGGAGAUGGCCACUCGAGCCUCGUCCCCCUCUGAGCGGGGCUCCUCACCUUCCCACUCAGUCACACCCGUGCACACCUCAGUCUGAUGGGCUCCAGGGGCAGCAGUUCCAGGGAGUUCAGCCAUCAAGGCCAUCCUGCAGCUCCAUGGGUCUCCCAGUGACUCAGGCAAGGGUCCUGCAACCUGUUCUGGCUGUAGCUUGUGAUCUUGUCAUUUAGGAUUAGGCUUAGUGCCUCCACAUCUGGAUGGCCUUUCCAACCAGUGAUCAUGUGUGUGGCUAGCUGACAGCUCCCACUGUCACCUGUACUUUUUGUUUUCCAAACACCCCAUUUCUCUCCUUUCUGGUUUCUCAGGGUGGCCAUCUGUCCCACUGACCCUGUGACCCAACUUUCUAUUGCUCAGGCAGCUUGGGAGAAGCCAUAGUGAAUGGAAUGUAGUGCUUAGGAUCAAGAAGGCCUCGUACCAUUUCUUUCCUUCAUUAAAACAAAUGCCAUUCACUUACAGACCAUGUUGCCAGCCAUGGGGCUGCUUUCAGCUCCUUGCUACAACUUGAAAACUGUUUUAAAAUUAACUACCUGGGGGGAAAGACAGACCAGAGAAUACUCUGUUCUAGAGUAUUCUCUUGCAAGGGGACUCCUGUACCAAUUACUGUUGUGUACAUAUAAGGUAUUUUUUAAAAAACAAAUAUGCAUUUAUUUUCCUAUGUCUUUUUUUUAUGUUUAGACCAGUCACCCCAGGAGGUAUCUCCAAACUGGACUGUGUAAGACAUUAUUUUCAAACAAAACUCAUGCUUUUAUGUGGUAUAUUUGAAAUGCAGUUAGAAUAUGGUCAUUUAAAUGGUAUUGUCUUCUGUCUUCACCUUAAUUCUGGUACUUGCUUCCUGAGGUGGCCUAGACCAUUGAUGGCAAUAGCAGCAGGUUCCCUUGGGAUGGCUUUGCAGAGGGGAAACUGGGGACUCUGGCAGCUCUGAGCAGGUACUGGCUUUCCUACGGACUCUGUUAAGGAGCUGCCUGUCCACAGCUCCUGGUCUGACCUUGCAGCCUCCUGCUUCUUUGCUGCUGGCCAUUUGUGUCAAAGUGAGUCAGCUCUCACCCCUUACCUGCCUGUAUGAAUAUCCUUUUAACUUAGUUUACCCGUAUGAUAACAUCAAUAUUUUAAAGCAGCCACUGUGCUGUGGCUUCCUUCAGUUGCCAAAAGUAUAGCACGCACUUCCCUUGGUUUUCUCCUCUCAGAGACAACCUUCUCCAACCAGGUCUCUCCUCCCAGUUUUGCACCUUCACUCACUGACUUUGGGCUCUAGGCCCCUAUCAGUAUGGGCAGGAACUAAUUUAUGAUCAACUGGUCCACCCACUAGUGCUAAAGCUCGGAGCUUCUCUGUGUGGUGUGUUACAGAAUCUUGCACAUUUGUGCCCACCCCAGCAGGCACACCCUCCCGCUGCUCUGCCAGUCAAAGGGACCCCCUUCCCUGCAAGAAUUAAGCUUGCCUUUCAAAUCAGGGGCCUCAGAAGCUCAUAGGGUCAGAUCCAAGUGUAACUGCAUUGGAAUAUCCAGUUUGUUUCAAAUUACUGGAUGCUGUGCUAAGUCUUACAUAUUGACCUUAUUUUUGAAAAUAUAUUCUUAAAAAAGGUUUUUUACAGUCAAAUAGAGAACAGAUGUUUUUUCAACUUGGAACUUUCUGAUUCUUACAGAAAAUUAUCUGGUAUCUGUAGGGUAUCAGAAGUACUUCUUCAAAGUAAUUUGAUCACUUAAAAUGAAUUCUCCGUUUUUAUUAGCUGGGGAUUUGUUUCUAAGUCACAGUUCAAUUGCUACUAGUUUUUGACUUACGCUUCCAACAUAUCUGAAAGCUUAUUUAUAAAUGGAUAAAUCGGAUUAUUCAUUGAUACACUGAUUUCUUCUAAAUGCAGACAUUUGCCAUUUUCCCCCUAGAAAUAUUCUUUAAUGCCCCAGAUGCACUAAGACUAUUAAAACUGGUGAGGACUACAUGAGCCUUGCGACAGAACCAGAGAAGCAGAGUGUGCUUAUUCCUGUCUCAGCUAGUUUGGUGCUGGGGCAGGGUGGGGCCCUGGACUGGGCUGCCUCACACUCCUCUGUAUGCUGGACCCUAGAAGGAGCCCUAGAAACUCCCAUUCGAUUUGAAAGCAGCAAUACAGAUCCUUUUCCUUUAUAUGUUCCUUGCAGAAAACGAUUUCUAAAACAAUUUAAAACAUAGUUUUGUUACCUAAACAGUUCUUUGGGGGGGGGUAUUUAAGUGUACUAGAAUGUAAAACUUUGCGGUUCAGAUUUUUAAAAACUGGUACAGUAUCUUAUUUGCCUCAUCUGAUGCACUAUAUUUCAAUUGGUAAUUAAAAUGAUGUUUGCUCUGUCA